UCAGAGCGCAACAGACUUUAACAGUGCAACAGUAUACACAGCUUAGUAAACUUUCUAAAACCAAGAAAGCUUCUCAAAUAUACAACAUGAAGACAAUCGUACUUUUUGCCGGUCUCAUCUGCGCCUUCUGUCUGUUACAGGCGAUCAGUGCCGCACCUGCUGGAGCAGAUGUUGGAGAACCAGAGGAGACACAAUUGCCCGGCUUUGGGGAGCAACCGCUUUCGGAGUUGAUUCGUCAAAAGCGCGCCACUUGCGAUCUACUGAGCGGUUUCGGCAUCAAGCACAGUGCGUGUGCAGCUCAUUGUCUACUCCGUGGCAAUCGUGGCGGUUACUGCAAUGGACGUGGAGUUUGCGAAUGUCGUAAUUAAGGAUGUACGACUGAAUAG